AUGGUGAAGAUAUACCCUAUUGACUCCUUUGGACGGGUCUAUCAUGAGGUCAUAGCGAGCGGGUGUUUGGUUUCUGUUGCCUCCGUGGCACUCUUCAUGAGACUCACAGCCCGAUGGUCCAAAAAGAUACCCCUGUGGUGGGAUGACUUCACAAUAAUUGCCGUUUGGAUCCUCUUGUGGGCGAUUCUUGCGAUUCAAAUAAAAUAUGCUCAAUAUGGCAUGGGAGAUCAAAUGACGACCAUUCCUCCAGGCAACGUGGUACUCAUGCUCAAGAUCCUCCCAGGGUUUCAAGUGCUAUGGGGCACAGCAAUGUCACUUGCCAAAUUUUCUUACAUGUUUUUCUACCUGAGCGUCUUCAAAGUCAGCAACAAUUUCCGUCUGUUGACAUUCGGAUGUUUAUUGAUCACGAUCAUCAGCAUCAUUCGUAUGAAGUCUCUGGUUGUCCUUUCCUUCACUGAAAUAAGCAGUUCCAUGGUCGACCCUGUUUUCUGGACAGUGGUGGAACCGAGUCUUGCCGUAACGAAUGCCUGCUUGCCAAUAAUUCGCCCGAUCCUCGCCGUAGUAAUUCCCGGCCAUCUUUUUUCCAGCGCCUACAAAACACCAAAGAGCGAUGACGUGAGGGGAUUUGGCAACAUCGAGGAUGGGACAUAUCCGCUCUCGCCACUCAAUGCUGGGUCUUCAACGAGUCAUAUUAGAAGUGAUCAAAAGCAAUCGACUGCCGCUGCUGCUAGUGUGGAAACAGACGAUGAUUCUCAGCGACGUGUUUCCAAUGAGAAUACUGGGCCCUUGGGACGUAUAACACGAACGACCGAGUGGGAGGUUAAACAUUGA